AUUUAAGAUCCUUCCCCACUACAUUACACUCUACACAGCAUUCAGUGAACUGGACAGUAUCAAACUAGCAUUCAUGUCACAUAUUCACAUGUUGAAUUGCCUUAUCAUUUCUUCUAACUAAUAAACACAUACAUAAACACAGUUGUUCAUACUAAUGUAUAUACGCCUCUGUACCAGUGAAAGAGAAUAUCGUUAAAUUUAUGAUGAAUGUACACACAUGCAAUAAUCAUUUACUCAUAUUGAGCCGAUAGACUGUGAAGGUGGUUCCUAUCCUUAUAAGCCGAUUCUCUCGUAAUUGUUUAAUAUUACCAAGUAGAAUUCUUUGUUAUUUAAACUCCACGAGUAAAUAUAGUUCUAAAACUAAACUUUAUUUCACAGAUCAAGAAAGAUUACAAGAUUUUGGAUGUGUAUAUAUAUAUAUAUGUGAACACAUAACGAAAUGACGGCAUACACAUAUAUCAGUGUGAUAAACAUACAUUCGCUCAGUGACACACAUUCAAAUAUGCGCUAAAACUGAUAGUACGAGAAUUUUUUGAACAGUGAAAAAUGUUUUCUUCUAUUGUCAUUUGUUUUAUCCUAUCUUACCCGCUUCAUUUAAUUUUUGAUAACAUUGUUAAAUCUUAUUGAAAUUAACUAAAUAAACUGGGAUACAGGAAUUCAAAUGCUUUUGAAAGGACUUAUUUAAACGGUAAAAUAAUCAUUAAGCAACACUAUAGAAUAUUAUGUCAUUGAAAAGUUAUCCAAACAUAAAAUUUCUAGUGAAAUGACUUCAAAUUCUUUACAUUUAUCCUUACUAUCACCAUCGUCAUCAUCAUCAUCAUCAUUAGCUGAGAAUGGGAUGAUAACUACUACGCAUAACUUCGGGAUGCAUAAAAGACGUCAACAUUGUCAAGGACAACAAUCUUUGAAUGGAAUAUUAUUUUUAAUUAUACUCAUAUACACACUGACAAUUGACAGUACUAAUGCAUUUGGAAAUAUGGGUUAUUGGUGGAAUUUAGGUCUCUUAUCCUGGAGAACAAUUCAUCAAAGUCCUGCAUUUCUUUUAGCACCAAAACCUCUUUGUUUACGUGUUCAAGGUUUGACACAUUCACAAGCUCAAUUGUGUCAACGUUACUUUGAUCAUAUGCCUGUGAUAAGCAUUGGUGCUAAAUUAGGCAUUUAUGAAUGUCAACGACAAUUUCGAUUUCGACACUGGAAUUGUAGUUCAGAUAAUGAAGCUUCAGCAUUUGGUCCAGUUACUUUAACCGGUAGUCGUGAAGCUGGUUUUGCACAUGCAAUAUCUGCUGCCGGUGUUGUACAUGCCUUAGCAAGAAGUUGUAAAGAAGCUCGAUUAUAUUCAUGUGGUUGCUCUAAAGCUGAUCGACCAGAUCAACUUCAUCGUGAUUGGAUAUGGGGUGGUUGCGGUGAUAAUAUAGCCUAUGCCUAUAGAUUUGCUAAAGCAUUCAUUGAUAUUAGAGAGAAAGAGAAAAGUUAUCCAAGACAUUCAAAUGAACUGGCGCGUAUGCUAAUGAAUUUACAUAAUAACAGAGCUGGACGUUUGGCUGUCUACAAAUUAGCCUCAGUAGCAUGUAAAUGCCAUGGCGUUUCAGGAUCAUGCAGUUUAAGAACAUGCUGGACACAAUUAUCUCCAUUUACUCGGAUUGGUCGAUACCUUCGUCAAGGUUAUGAUGAAGCAGUAAAAGUUAAAUUCAACAAAAGAGGAACAAAACUACGUAGAGCAAGUAGACAAUUACGUCGUGUCACUCCAGAUCAUAUAACAUAUCUAGACGAGUCUUCAAACUAUUGUGAAUAUGAUCCAAUCACUCAGAGUCCAGGUACACGAGGUCGUGAAUGCUUACCAAAUAGCACUGAUCAGGCCAGUUGUACUACUCUAUGCUGUAAUCGUGGCUCACAAACACAAUUACGUGAAGUACGUGAAAAAUGUCAUUGCCAGUUCAACUGGUGCUGUCGUGUUGAAUGUCAAACAUGCGUGAAAACAGAAGAAUAUCAUAUAUGCAACUGAAAUAAUCAACAACAAAAAACAUAAACUAUUUCUCGAUCUUAAAAUAUAAUUAUUUAUAUCUUCCGUCUUCUUCAUCUCUCUGUUGAACUUCUUCCUACCUCAUCCUAUAUGACCAUUGCAAUAAAACUUUUGAAAUAUAUCUGUUCUCAAGAUGAACGUUAUAUAAUGUCUUCUGCUUAAACUAAACCAUUAGGUUUAGUGGAUUCAGCCCCACUUAAAAGCAAGGUAAAUACUGAUUUAAUAUAUAUAAAUAUGUUUCACGAACAACUUCAUUCAACCUUAUAUUUCUUUAAUUUAGCAGCCUGUUUGUUAAUAGAGAGGGGCUGGAUGACGUAUACUGCUGAUACUUGAUGCAUGUGAAAGCCUUUCGGCUCCAGCGCAAUUCUUACAUCAUAUAAAAACUAUACAAAAGUCCAUACCAUUUAUCAUCUGUCGAUUCUCCAUAAUCAUUAUCAUUUCCAACAUUCAACAAACACACAUACACACAUAAAUAACUUGUAGAUACUGAUCAUAUUACUUGGUAGCAUGAUACUUGAAGAACAUAAGAAAUACAAAUCAUCAUCUGUAUCUUUCUUUGCAUAUUCCUCUGUUUUGUUUCGUUUAUUUUCGCAUCUUUAUUAAAUGCGUGAUAAAGUAUACAUACACAUAUUUAGAAGUGUGAUGUUUGUUUUAACUGACUAUAAAAAGUAUUGAAAAUUGAAAAAUGAUACUUUUAUCCCUCAUUUUUAUUGGUAAAAUUCAUAUAUUUUACUGUUUAUAUUUAACUGGCGAACUUUUUACUAAUUAUUACAAAUGUUAAGUUAUAUAAUUUUCAUAAUUUGUUAUAAUCAAAAUAAAUAUUUUAAAAGAUACUUGUUUAGAUUGAUUCAUACUUCU